AUGGAUAAAGCAAACGAUUAUCUCUUUGUGCCUAAGAGCUCGGAAGAGAAGAAGAUCUACUAGAAUUAAGUGCACCAAAAAGUUACUUCUAACAUCAUUGAAAUUCACUUUUCAAAUUUGAAGAAACUCUAAAAGAACUAUAUUUAAAAGGCUCCAAAUUUUUGUGUUAGUUGCUAGGCGGCUCUGAACCACUUAUCUGUUAUUAAAUAAAAAGAUGGUUAAACUAUUUGGCAGUGCGAGUUCUGUGAUUACGCUAAUCCUCUUAAUGUUCCAUAAAAUAACAACAACUUGAUUCCUAAGGAAAAGGAUAUAUUUUAUAUGCUAGAAAAAUAAAAUGAAAAAAUGAAAUCUUCACAAGUAGAGAAAUAGUAAUCUAAAACUUCAGAAUUUUAAAUGGAUGUAGAAGAUAAUAGUGAUGCUGAUAUAAAUGACUAAAGAACUAUUAUUUUUUGUCUUGAUAAUUCAGGUUCAAUGAGCAGUGGAACUGUUUUCAAGGAUGAAGAUGGCUAGAAUAAGUACAUGUCUCGUAAAGCUUGUGUCGAAAAAGCUAUCCAAUCUUAAAUUACUCAAAUGCAGAAAAAAUUUCCUAACAGGAAAGUAGGAAUAGUUUUAUUUUCUAAGGAUGUCACUGUUUUAGGUGAUUGUCAAUCAGCUCCUGUGUCGAUUUCUAAAGAAGGAUCAUUUGAAAAGCUAUUUGAAUAAGGAUAAAAUAACUAUGAAAAUCUAUUCAAAAAUAAUGUAGGCCAAGUUAACAAUAUGCCUUAAAAAUAUAAGGAAAUUAGGACUAAUGGCUCAACAGCUCUUGGACCUGGUUUAGCUGUAAGUUUAGGAUUAGCUUCAUAAAGUCCUUAAAUUGGCUCAAGUAUCAUUUUAUGCACCGAUGGACUUGCUAAUGAAGGUAUUGGAAAGUUAGAAGACUAAAAAGACUAUGCCACUUAUGAAAAAAUGGGUUAAUUAGCAUAAUCUUUAGGUAUAUUGAUUCAUACUAUUACUAUGAGAGGAAACGAGAGCGAUGUCCGUGUACUUGGUAAACUAUCUAACACAACAGGAGGAAGAACUUCUAGAGUAGGCCCUGCUGACUUUAACUCUAAUUUUGUUGAGUUAGUUUAAAGUGAUCUAGUUGCCACUAAAGUAGAAAUUGUUGUAUAGCUUCAUGAAGGUCUUGUGAUGAUAGAAGGUAGUCCUCAUACAGAUUUAGGAAAUGCAACUGAAAACUCAAGCAUAACUUAUCAAUAUGCUGUUAAAGACGAGUAUGAUUUCAAAGGAAGACAAACAAUUCCUAUCUAAAGCAAAAUCUUCUUCUCAACUCUCCAAGGAGAUAAAAUGGUUAGAGUUAUUACUCAAGAGUAAAAAAUAACAUAUGAAUACAAGCAAGCUGUUUAAGAAGUUUAGAUUAAUAUAUUAUCAAAGCAUGCUAAUAGAACUAAUGCCCAUUAAGGUUUGUUUGGGUCUGUCCCAUAAGCUUAAUAAAAACAAGAACUAUGGGGGAACUUCAUUAAAAAUUAAGUCUAGCCAAAUAACUCAUCAUAAUAAGCUCACUACAAUCUUUACUAACAAUAACAUUAAAAAUUAGAUAACGCAAUUAAGAAAAAAAUGGCUCAUUAAUAAAAAAGAGAUAUCAAAAAUGAAGAGAUAGAUGACGCUGAUUAAGAUUUCUUUGACUAAUUCUGA